AUGGCAAGCAAAAAUUAUAUGUCUUUUUUCGAAGAAAAGAAACGAGCUCGACAGUUAGCUCAAGGAUUUGAGCAAAUAAGAAGUGCAAGAGAUGAGAUCAAACAAAAAAUUGAGGAAAUAACAAAGUGGAUCGAUAUCGGUUGGAAAAAGCUGCAUGAAAUUGAACAUGAAGUGGAUAGAGAUUCUGUAUAUUCUGCGCAGAAAUUAGAGGAGAUUAACAGCUAUUUAAAUACUGCAACGGGAUACAAGCGAUCGAAUAUUAGGGCAAAAUUGAAGAGAAAAAAGCCGAGAAAGGAAGGAAAUCAGUUAAAACGCAGUAAAAAUGAAUUAGAACUUCAAAAGUCUGAAGAAGAGAUGUAUGAGACGAUUGUGCAAGAAGUAGUUCCUUACUUUUCACUAGUCGCAUUAAUUAAAACUAGUAAAAUUAUUUUAUCACCACAUCUUGGCAGUGGAUAA